UGUGAGCUAAAGAGAAGUCAGAAAAAAAGAGAAACGACUGAAGUUCAGUCUUUCUCUCUCUCCCUCGCUCGCACACUCAGUCCCUGCUUUCGGGCCGAUCGGAGACCGAGCCGCGCUUCAGUAGCUGGCUGAUCACGCGCGCGGCGGCACGGAGGAACCAACGGGUCUCCGGGAGCGCGCGCCUCUCCGGACCAUGGAGAAUAUAGCAGCGCAUCUGCAGCACACGCACGUGGACGCCAUCAGUUUCGGGAUCGACCACAUUCUGAGCAAUGCGGACCCGAGCAGCUGCAUGAUUUCUAACCCUCGAAUGCAGGACCUGGACUGCGGGCUGGGGGGCAUCGUCAGCACUGCCUACAACACGGUGACCGGCCAGUACGGCUCCGGCAAUGGCGGAUACGGCGGCGGCGGCGCGUGUGGCGGCUCGUACGCCAUGAACGCGGGCAUGAACGUUAACGGGAACGUUAGCGGCCUUAGCUCGUCCGGAGUGAUCCGCGUGCCAGCGCACCGGCCCCUGAACGGCGUGCACGCGAGCAUCCAGACCAACGGAGUCACAGCGCCCAGCAGCAUGAGCUCCAUGAACAACCUCACAGGAUUAACGUUUCCGUGGAUGGAGAGCAACAGAAGAUACACCAAAGACAGGUUCACAGUGGCCCUCUCACCCUUCACUGUAACACGCCGUAUAGGUCACCCCUACCAGAACCGCACGCCCCCGAAGAAGAAGAAGCCCAGGACGUCCUUCACGCGCCUGCAGAUCUGCGAGCUGGAGAAGCGCUUUCACCGCCAGAAGUAUCUGGCCUCCGCAGAGAGAGCAGCUCUGGCGAAGGCACUUAAAAUGACUGAUGCCCAAGUCAAAACAUGGUUCCAGAACAGAAGAACGAAAUGGAGAAGACAGACAGCUGAAGAGAGAGAGGCCGAGCGACAGCAAGCCAACCGCCUCCUGAUGCAGCUCCAGCAAGAGGCCUUUCAAAAGACUCUGAACCAGCCCGUGAGUCCGGACCCCAUCUGCCUGCACAACAGCUCCCUGUUCGCCCUGCACAACCUGCAGCCGUGGACUGAGAACACCGGCAAGAUCAGCAGCGUCUCAACCUGCGACUAGCAGGGACUCUUUUAUAGAUCCAGAGCAAAAUCCCCAGCGCUGAAUUCACAUCCGCAGUGUCCGCUUACUUAGACCGGCUGGACUGCGCGGGUUUAUUCAGCGCCAGUUUCUAGGCUGUUAUUUAAUAAUAGCCGAUUUGCCUCACGUUCUCACCACUCAGCCCUGUUAUUGUGGUAACAUAUUUAUUUCUUCAUGGCUCAGUUCUGUUGUGGCCCCGCACUCAGUCAGGUCUCCACGGUAAGUGAACACAGCGGCCCGAAUAUGUGACUGCACCUGGAGAAACACACGAAAUAACGCUCACCAACUGCUGUAACCCAAUAAGGACUGUAUACGUGUAUCCACACAUGCACUAAGCUACGUUUAAAGACACAGUUUUGCACGUUGUUUCGAGAUAAAAGCAGGUCUUUGAAAAAAGUCCCUGCUGGACUUUUCAUUGGAAUUAGGAGCGUCUGUUUGGAUUUGUAGGCUAAGCGGAAGGCAGGCCUGCUUAGCCCGGUUUCAAACACUUCUUAUGCAAAUAGGCUAACUCACCUAACUCCUCCCCACCAAAAUGAUCAUGUAUGUGCUUAAAAAA